UUUCCGUGCUGCCGCCGCCGACGUCGGACAGACCGACCGCGUCGUCGCCGACGCUCGGGCAGCCUCGUCGGGUCGGGCGCGUCGUGACCGUGUCGCCAGCGACGGAGCCAUGCUGACGGUCGGCGCUUGGAGCGCGCUCUUGCUGGGACUGCUGGCGGCGCCGGCGGCUAGUCAGAAGAAGGACAGUCUUCACGUGCGUCUGCGGCUCCCUCCGCUGGCCCAGCAGGGUGAAGCCAUCAACAUCACGUGCGACUAUCAGCUGCGGCCCAGCGACCAGCUGUACUCAGUACAGUGGUACAAGGAGGGGGAGGAGUUCUAUCACUACAUGCCCGGCACCCGACAAAAGAAACAGACCUUCAACGUACCCGGCAUCGACGUCGAUUUGGCGGCCUCAGACGCCCGGACUGUGCGGCUCCGAUCCGUCUACCUCUCCACUUCUGGCCAGUUCCGCUGCGAGGUCUCACUGGAGGCGCCCUCUUUCGACACGUUCUACGACUUUGGGGACAUGAUUGUCGUCGUGCAGCCACGCCAAGGUCCGCAGAUACACGGUCUUCAGAAUAGCUACCAGGUCGGCGAACGACUGCGCCUGAACUGCACGCUGGCCGGAUCCAAACCCGCUGCGGCCCUCAACUGGUACAUCAAUGAAGAAAAGGCGACCCCUGUUCAGCUGGUAGAGCACGCGCCGGUGCGCGGCGCCGACGGCCUGGAGACGGUCACCCUGGGCCUGGACACGCCGGUGCUCAGCCAGCACGUUCACCACGGCAGGGUCAACGUCAACUGCACGGCCUCGGUGGCCAACGCCUACUGGGAGAGCCGCAUCGAGUCGGCCAGCGUGCACGUGGCGCAGAAACUGGCCGUGCUGGAGAGCACGGACAUGCGCAACAGCGCGAGAGGUUUGCGGUGGGCCUACGCCAGCUGGUCAGUACCUCUUCUCCUGCUUUCGUACCUGACUUGGAUGAGGUGAGGCCUCUACCGCUAGACACAUCUGCAAGACAGUGCAUCCGUGCAUCGGUGCACCAGAGUGCAGCGGAGUGAACCGGGGUGCAGCGGAGUGCUCCCGUGCACCCCCCGCACGGGCACUCCACGGGACACCUAUAGAGUGGCGCGGCAGAACGAGAGCAACUGCACCGCUUAUCGAGCUGCCGUGUCUGAGACAAAACGUUGCCAAACUCUUACGAUACUAUGCGGUAAAUGGAACAGUGGAACGCAGGUGAUCAUGGGCUAUGCUGAGAUCCCACAUGUGGGUUACAGCGACUGGAGGAAAGUGUUUGUGCGUGAGAAAAGUGCAGCAGCUGGUGUUAUAGUAUGAGCUGCAAGUACUCGUGUUGUGUACCUACACAAUGCGAGAUCGCUAGUUUGCAGAUGAGAGCUGGCUUUGAGAUUUGAAACAUUCGAAAUAGUCCCGAUUUGAGACUCACUGCAGGUGUUAGAUGAGAUUAGCUCAGUCCUCGGACGAAAUGUAUAUUUUCCUGCGUGAUCCGUCAAACUCGGGUGAAUACUAGAUGUUUGUGGGUUUUGAGCUCUGAUCAUACGGUUGGAGUGUGUCCAGCUCCACCUUAUCAGGUUUCACGUUAGUGAAACAUCCCUUCAAGCUAUAUUUCGUGAAUACCCGUUAAAUGUUUGCUUUCUAGGGUAAUAUCUCGUAACGUACAAGGUGUGAAGAGGUUUGGUGUCGUCAGACUAUCCAUACAUUCCUUGUGCGUGGCCCAUGUAAAUGUGUCAUUUACUCGUUGUAAACUGUGAGUGACGGUUGUUGAGAUGAGUCAGAAACAGUGUGCUAUGUGCACUGUAGAGCUGCAGCGUGUGGUUUUGACUAUGAAGAAAAUACAAACGUUACGUAAUUAAAUGCGUGGUUAAUUAAAUAGCAUUGACCGCUGCGCUGGUGGGCUGAUUACUAUAUGCAUACAUGCAGCCCCUCAGCCUAAUAAAUAUAGAAAAUACAAAUACGCUUCGCAUGA